GAUCUCUGAUUACAUGGAUCUAUCCACCACGGAUGUUGUGGGGAAAAACUGCUAUCACUUCAUUCAUGCUGAGGAUGUUGAAGGAAUCAGGCACAGUCACCUGGACUUGUUAAACAAGGGGCAGGUGGUCACCAAGUACUAUCGCUGGAUGCAAAAGAACGGAGGUUACAUGUGGGUGCAGUCCAGUGCAACCAUCUCCAUCAACGUCAAGAAUGGAAAUGAGAAGAACAUCAUCUGGGUCAACCACGUGCUGAGCAAGCCAGAGCACCGAGAUACCCCAAUGGACAUCUCCCAGCUUCCGUUGUCGGCCAUUAAAACUUCCAAGCAACUGGAGUUGUCGGAUUCGGAAUCUGAUUCCCGGGAACACUUAGAAAGGGACAAUCCAAAAGACACUGGGAAGCGAAGCAAUUACGAGAAGAGGACAGAGCCCCGCUCAGAAGGCUGGAAACGAUCAGCAAGCCAGUCGGAGGAAGAGUUGACUUCGGCCAAGGAUGACAGCGACACCAGCCAGCCCGACGACUCGGACAGCGAGGGGCCAAGCACCGGGAGGAGGAGCUUCGUCCUGUCCAAGGUCAAACGCAUGAAGGUCGAGGGGGACAGUGAGGUGCGGCCAGCAGCCCGCGAGUCCCGGAGCUCCCUCCCCAGUGGCGGUGACGGGGACACAGAUAGCUCGGAGGAUGAGAGUGCCAGCUUAGCCAGUAAGCCCCAGUAUCUAAAGAGGAAGAAGAGGCCUCGGGAGAGCUCGGCCUCCAGGGCCAGGUCGUCAGACUCACCGAGCCCAGGCGCCUCCGACUUUGGCGGUGGAGGGGGUGGAGGUCGGACCCCGUCCAAACCCGCACCCGACCGUAUCUCCCCUCUGAAAAUCAAGACCGAGGCCACUCAGCCUGUCAACUUCGACAACAACAGCGCCAUCUGGAACUUUCCACCCAACCGCGAGGUCAUGAGGAGUGAGCUGCCUUACCGCCUGGCGACCUCGGAGCACUUUCAUCCAGUGCCAGCUCUUCACGUUGCCAUCCCAGAUUCUGUGCUGACCCCCCCAGGGGGCGCCGACGCCAGUGGUGGGCAGAAGACUCCGUUCAGCAGCCCCACCUCGCCACCCCCCGCUGCCCGGUCAGUCCUGGCGGCAGGAGGAGGGACGGGAGGGUCAUCGGAUGCCCUGUCACCUCCUCUGUCAGGCUCCCCCCGUGAGGACAAGGCCCAGGCAGUGGCCUACGCACACGAGCUGGAGAUGGUGCACCAACGGCGGCUGCACGCGGUGCUGCCAUUGGUGACCCCUCACCCUGUGAGCGGAGCUGGCCCUUCCUCUUCCCCCUCCUCCUCCAUCGUCGUCGGUGGUGGCAGCGGCGGCCCCCCACCUCAGGGCCUCUACACCACCAGCACCAUCCGCUAUGCGCCAGCCGAUGUCGCCUUGGCCAUGCAGGGCAACCUGCUGCCUGCUGCUGCCGCCAUCAACUUUGUGGACCUCAACGCCUCUGCCUUUGGCGGUGCCGGUGGCAGCACCGCUGAUUCAAAAGCCCAAGUGGAGAUGAUCUACCACCAUGUUCAGCGGCUAAACAUGGCGGGGCCCUUCGCCAGCCCCGUCGGUGCAGCUGGCUUGACCCAGGUGCCAGCGGGAAGCGUCUUCACGACGGCCGAGGCCCUGCUGUCCACCCUUCCCUUCCCCAUGAACACGGGCAGUAUCCAUGCCCCCCAGACUCUGGAACGCAAGGAAGAUUGA